AUGAAUUUCGAUGUUGGAGGUCCAUCAUACUUAUCAUCAUCUUCAUCUUCGGAUGAUGAUAAUUUUCUGUCCAAUAUCAUUGCAGAGAUUGAUGAAACCGAAGAAGUAAUUUGUGAGUACAUCAACAACAACAUGAUCCUCGUUAACAAUUUACGUCAACACAACUACCAACCGAUCCAUGGUGGCUCGAUUCCCGGUCAUGCAGUGAUCAACCGCGAUCGAGAAAAUGCGCAUCAGAAUUUGGUCAUAGAUUACUUUGCCGAUAAUCCACGUUUUGGAGAAGAUAUGUUUCGUCGUCGAUAUCGGAUGUCAAGAAGUUUGUUCCUUCGUAUUGUUGAUGCAGUGAAAGAUCAUGACUAUUACUUCCAACAACGAAGUGAUGGACUUGGUAGAAUGGGAUUAUCACCGUUACAGAAAGUAACAGCUGUUUUUCGCAUGUUGGCAUACGGUCUACCAGCUGAUGCUACGGACGAAUACGUUAAAAUAGGUGAGUCAACAGCAAUUGAAAGUAUGACAAAAUUUUGUCGUGCUAUGGUGGAAAUAUUCGCAGAGCGGUAUCUACGAACACCUAACGCUAACGAUAUUGCUAGGCUACUCUAUAUUAGAAAAAAACGUGGUUUUCCAGGAAUGUUAGGAAGUCUUGAUUGCACCAAUAAUGAUAUCAAUGUGCUGGAGUCAUCUAAUCUUUUCUCUAACCUAGCUCAAGGUAUUGCUCCUCCCGCUCACUAUGUUAUUCAAGGAAAAGAGUAUAAUAUGGGUUAUUAUUUAGCUGAUGGUAUAUAUCCGAAAUGGGCUACUAUUGUACAAACAAUCCAACAGCCACAAGGUAGGAAGAAAAAAUAUUUUGCCAUGAAACAGGAAGCAUGUAGAAAAGAUGUAGAACGUGCGUUCGGAGUUCUCCAAUCACGAUUUGCAAUCGUGGCAGGAUCAGCACGUUUUUGGAAAAAACAUGUAUUACAUGACAUAAUGACUGCAUGCAUUAUUAUGCACAAUAUGAUAAUCGAGGAUGAACGUGAUCUUUAUGCACCAAUUCAAGAAGUGAGGGAAGCACCAACACCAGAAGUUGAUAUGGUAGCAGAUGAAACUACAAGAUUUACUCAAUUUAUUGCACGUUACGGAAAAAUCAAGGAUAAAGAUGCCCAUAUUGCGCUUCGUAAUGCAUUGAUAGAUCAUCUAUGGGAGGAAUACACUAAUUCAGAUAGUUAA